AUGACGGGGUUAAUCGGACAACUUACGAAUGUACAAAAGAGAUUAGCAGUGCCUUACCGUGAUAGAAAGUCUUGGUUAACAGCUAAACUUAUGAAUCUUAACAACGCAUUCACAUCACAGGCACGAUUCCAAACCACUAUUGAAGAUCCAACUUACAAAGGACUCUUUUAUCACUCCACACAUGAAGCAGUCAACUAUUCGUUAUCUUUUAUCUCUGAUCGCAAUAAAGUUGAGAAAUAUGACAUAUCAGUGAUUGGUUGGGUACCAUUUCAAACAGGAGUGCCAAAGCUGCUGGUAGGGAACUUUAAGGAAAAUAAAAAUUUUAUAAAGUUCUUGCAUCAAGUGAUAGCGGAUAAUGUAGCAGAUGCAGAUCCUCAAUUACAAGCUUUGGCCAAGUAUCAACAAAAUGGUCAAUUGCGAGAGCAGGACUCUUAUAACAUUGCAGACAAUGUUUCUCAAACUAAUGAAGAGGACCAUCAACACAACUCCGCUAUGGCAAGUGAAUUCAAUGCCAAAAUAUCGACGACUCAGGAAGUUCAAUGCCACAACCAGAAUAUAAUUCCUAAAACACUUCCUCUCCGUAGUGAAAAAAGUCUUUCUGAAGCAAUAUACUCGUUAUAUGAG